AUGCUCCAAACCCUCCAAACCCUUUCCGUCGACGAUUGUGGCACUGAGCUAGCGUAUCUAGACAGCGGUGUGCCACCUCAUGCCUCUCCUUUUGGCAGCCAAUAUACCACCAUCUUUGCCAUCCAUGGCAUGGCCUUUACCAGCAACGUAUUCGAGAAAAUAGCUUCCACGGCGAACCCCGCAGGUGUGCGUUGGGUGUCGAUUCAGCGCAGAGACUUCCCUGGCUCCACACCCCUUUCUGCAGCCGACCUGAACGUCCUCAAGAGCGGAACCGACGAAGAGAAGGCUCGGUACGUGCGCGACCGCGGUGUCGAGAUUGCCACCUUCGUCGAUACGUUUGUCCGGAAGAACGGACUGCCUCCGCCGGACGAAAAAGGAAGCGGCGGUGGGUUUGCAAUUUUGGGUUGGUCGCUCGGAGGCGCGUUUGCUCUUGCUGCCGCAGAAAAUGUUGGCGCUCUCGCCGAUGCGGCAAGGGCUCGCUUCGCUCGGUAUAUGCGCUCGAUUAUACUGCUCGGUGGGUUCAGACAUAAUCAUGCAGACUACCAAAUUACUUACAGUGAGUCGCUUGCAGAACCAGGCCACGCCGCCAUCGGGAUACCCCCUCCUCCCAAGCUAUGGUCGCCUUUCCGGGACGAGAACAUCCCGCCUGCUCAGCGUGCAUCCACUUUCAACAGCUGGGUCACCGCGUAUUUUGACCAUGGCGACAUCAGCAAGCGCGACCUCGACGCGCUCGAAUACGUCACACCCUCGCCGACGCGGAUGCCCAGCAUCACCAACAUGUCUGCGGAGCAGCAGGCCGCGAUCGUAUAUAACGGCUGUGCGUUGACGAGCGAGUUCCCCCUGGCAGGCAACUGCGCUCAGCAAGUGUACGCGACCUACCAGAAGGCGGUAUUCGACCAGAAGACUAGGGAGAGUCUGCUGAACACGGCGAUAUGGGUGCUUUGCGGCGACUCUGGACCGUCGUUUUCUUUGUCGACGUUGUGGGUCAUGGAGGAGGACGAUAAGGCUCAUGGAGGUGGGAAAAUCCAAUUUCGCCUCCUCAAGGGAGCAAACCACUGCAUGUUUUGGGACUAUCCGGAGGUUACUCUGAGGGCGAUACUAGACACCAUGGCGUAA